UUGAAAAACAUGUUCAAUCACAUCAAACACGGAUUUUGAUAAACAACUGGUUUUAUAAAGAAAUACAGAGUUCGCAUAUACAAAUUUUGGUAGAUCAUUGAUUACGAAGGGGAAAUACCACGGAUACAGGACCGUAAAUUUCCAAAAAGUCCAAGAAGGAGGAAACGAUCAUGUUCGUUCGUGUUGUCAAUGACAAUCCUGAUGCAGUGUUAUUUUGAAUAUUUUCAUGUAUGACAGCUAUAGGUAAAUGAUGCAGAGUGGACAUCCGAAGUGUACAUAACAGAACUGAUCAGGAAGCUAGAAGAAAACAUUCAAGAUGCAGACACUGGACGUAUGCAAGAAAACAUCUGGCAAAAUUUGGCAUCGAAAACCGACGCCAUCAAGUGAUAAUGGGUUGAUGCUAAGAGUGAGCAGUAGUUUCGCAGGGGCGUUGUCAACUCCAUCACACACGGUCCGCUUCCUACAUGCAUCAUUUGAUGCAACAGGAGACAACUUACUGGCAGGCGAUCACCAAGGAAACAUCUUCAUGUUUGAUAUUAACAGAAACAGAUUUUCCUUGGUACAAAAGACAGGCCAUCCUUGCACAGCUCUUGCAUUUUCUCUAAGAAGAAGGACAGAGUUCCUUGUUGGCCUGUCUGAUUACUCCCUGAAGUGCUAUGAUACAGAUACUAAGGAUUUGGUUGCCUGGAUGAAGGGCCAUGAAUCAGCCAUACACAGCAUUUCUGUCCAUGCGUCUGGGCGCUAUGCCUUGACCACAUCAGCGGACGUCGCUCAUCUGUGGGACCUGGACACCUUCCAGAGGAAGAGGAAGCUCAACAUCAAGGAGGAUGUUGGUGUGUUACAGGUGUUCUUCCUGCCAUUGAGCAACACAAUCAUAACUUGUUUCCGUGAUGACUCGAUCUUCGCCUGGGAAUCUGAGACCCUGGACUGCAGGUUCCAGCUGCCUGUGCCUCCUGGCAACAGUCCACAAUACCGAGCAUUUGCAGCUACCAGAGAUGGGCGUGUUCUGGCAGCUGGGGGUCGGUCACGCUUCGUUCACCUCUGGUCACUCGACACCAGGCGGCUCCUACGUAUAGUGGAGCUGCCCAACAAGGUGACGUCCGUCAAGUACAUGGAGUUUGUCCCAGACAACUUUCAAGGUGGAGUUGAUCAGGUCUUGGGGGUGUUGUGUCAAGAUGGAAUAAUGAGAUUCAUCAAUAUUGACACAUGCAAGCUUCUGUUUGACAUCGGCACAAUAGAGAAUCGUGUGUGUAAUGCUUCCAUAAGCGCCAAUGGUCGGUAUGUUGCCACGGUGAUGGAUGAUGGCAAUCUUCAUCUGUAUAGUGUGCCAGCCCUCUCCUCAGAACUCAAUAAGCCACCAGCUCCCCUGGUGAAGGUUGUGGCCUCCAACAAAAUGUCAGACACAGUAACCACUGAUAAUGACAAUGAGAAAAACCUUCACAAGUCUUCCACAUCCUUCUCACGGAGGAGGCGACCAAAGGGGCGACAGACCCAGGAUGAUGACACCGCAAGUCUACCAGAAGGGCUGGACAUGGACAAGCUCAGCGCUAUUCUGAAGGAAUUUGGCGAAUACCCAUACAAAUACAGAAUGUUCAUAUGGAGGUCGGUCCUGCGGCUGCCAGAGAACCAUGCUGCUUAUGGUGCCCUUGUGGACAAGGGAGCUCACCCUGCUUACUCCAAACUUCAUGAAGCCUACCCUAUAAAGAGCCGAAAACUGCUGAGGGUACUUCAGAGAGUCCUGUCAGCGCUAGCACACUGGUCACCAAUAUUUGGGGAAACUCAGUAUCUUCCCAUGCUUGCCUUCCCCUUCAUCAAGCUCUUCCAGAACAACCAUCUUGUCUGCUUUGAAAUCAUUGCUACUCUCUUAGGAAACUGGGGUGGCCACUGGUUUGAGUAUUUCCCAAACCCUCCAAUAAACGUGUUGGCCAUGGUGGAGAACAUCAUUGCUCACCAUGACCAAUACCUCCUGCAGCACUUCGUCAAGUGCAAGGUCACUUCACAGAUUUACGGAUGGCCACUUCUUGAAACAGUAUUUUCGGAGGUCCUGACCAAAGAAGAGUGGUUGAUGAUGUGGGACAAUGUAUUCAGUAAUCACCCUUCCUUCCUGCUGAUGGUGGUGGCUGCCUACUCCAUCUGUGCACGAGGUCCUCUCAUGCAGUGCACAGAGCUGGACGACUUCAAGUACUUCUUCCACCACCGCAAUGCUGUAGAUGUGAAGCAGGUCCUGAAGGAGGCUCACCGCCUCAUGGCAUCCACACCUGCUGACAUACACCCACGCAAGUCCCUGGAGGAAUACAAGCCCCUCACACGAGGACAAUACCCUGUGUUCAACAAAUACCCCAAGUUUAUUGUGGACUAUCAGGUACAAGAACGGGAUAGGAUUCGACAAGAAGAAAUGGAAUAUCUCCGUCAGAAGAAGGUGUCGAUGGAGGUGCAGCGAGAGACACUCAAGAAGCAGCAGGAGGAAGAGGCAUGGUACAGACAGCAGCAGCUGCUGACAGAGGCAGAGGAGAAGAGGCGUAAUAUGAUAAUGCAUGAAGAGGAGAAGCUAGUGGACCAGAGGAAGAGACUGUUUGCCAUGAACCGGGAGGUGAAGCUGAAGGAGCUGCAGCUGCUGGAUGCUGCCAGACAGAAAUUCCUCCACUUCCAGCAGAAGCAGAGAGAGGCUGAGCUCAAGAGGCUGGAUGACGAGAUGCAGAGAAAGGCUCUGAUGAGGGACCAGGAAACAGCAGCAGCUCUUGAGGAAGGGGAGAUCAAGAACCUGGAGCUGCAGCUUCAGAAGAAGAUGUUUGAACAGGAGUUGUUCCGGGACUAUGCGACAGCAUCGCACACACUGCGCACAGAGAAGGACAUGCACAGGAAGCAGGUGGAGCUGGAGGACAGGAUACAGAACCGACUGAGGGAUGCUGAGAGGGAGAGGGAGCUGGAGGUCAGGAAGAUGAUGUCUCAGAACUUGGCCCAGGCAUCUCAGAAGAACAUAGACAUGUGGGCUCACAAAGAGAUGCAGCAUCGCCAUCAGAUGGAGGACCUGGAGCGGGAGGCCAAGAAUGUGCAGCUGUCUCGUCUACAUGUCCAGAACAGAGAGCUGGAGCAGGAAGUCCAUGACUUGAUGAGGAGAUGCCAUGACACAAGGGAGGAUGAGACGGAGGCUGGGUAUCGGGAUUUGUUAGCGGACCAGGACGAUCGAGAGAACACCGCAUCACGAAGGCUGCUGAGUCUGGAGGAAGAUAUACACACUGGCCGCCAGCAUUCCCGGGAUCUGUCUCAACAGGCCAUCGACAUUGUUAACAGAUACCAAACAGCUUCAUAUCAUGAUAACAGUGAGCUGUAUGACAGUGUCGACACAGGUGACAACUCAAAACUCUCAUUUGAACGAAGUCGCAGAACGUUUGAUGACCAGGAAAUAGCUUUAUUGAAUGGUGUCCGUCAGUUAAGACAAAGACUAGCCACAGAAAGCAGAGGCCGGAAACCCCCCAAGGUCCACGAAGGAGACUGAGACAGAUGGUAUAGACACUGCACUCUGCUGUGCAUCAUAAGGUUGCAUUGUGUAUUGCCAUGUUUCACAUCACAACCAGACAAUUAUUCAUUUCCAAAAUAUUAGAAUUGUUUGCAAAUUCAACAAGUAGUGAAAACAGAAGAACACAUUGUUAGCUUACUGUGUUAAGUAUCAGUGAUGUAUAAGAUGUCUAAGGUAACCCAGAUUGCCUCUGGUGUCUUCGUGUUAAUCAAAAUUAACAAGGUUCUGUGUGCAUCUUUAUAGAACUAGAAGAGGAGUAAAGGACUUUCUGAUCAGGUUCAUAAAUUGCUGAUGGGAAACUUAAAUAUACUCAGCAGCAAAAACAAAGUCAGUUCGAAUUCAAAAUUAUAUAGGCACUGUAAUCAAAUCAUUACAGAAAUGGACAUAAUGAGCAGAUCAAAAAUAUUUUUUGUGUACAAUAUCUUGACACAUCAAUGAAUAACUCAGCACAAUUCCAAGAUAUUACAUG